UGGAAGAGAGCAGACGUGUUUCGAGUUCCCGCGCAAAGUUUCAAGAUAAAAUGUCCGCGAACUCAAGAUGCUGGGCCGGCGAUGUCAAUCCUCGCUAUGUACCGUAUUACCACGUCUAUCCGCCUUCUGGUUGGAUGAACGAUCCCAACGGCUUCUGUAUAUUCCAAGGUGAAUAUCACCUGUUCUACCAAUAUAACCCUUACACCAGUAAAGAACCUGGAGUAGCUCAUUGGGGACACGUGAGGAGCCCUAAUCUAAUCCAGUGGGAACAUCUACCUACAGCAAUGACCCCAGAUCAAGCGUACGAUAUCAAUGGAGUAUUCUCAGGAAGUGCUAUCGUCGAAAAUGGAACAAUGUAUCUUCUCUAUACAGGAAAUGUUAAUAAUCCAACCAAUAAGCAAGUGCAAGCUCUAGCCGCAAGCCAGGAUGGGAUAUCAGUUGUUAAAUAUCCUGGAAAUCCUGUAAUCGAAGGGGCAGAUCUUCAGCCGAAUAUAAGAGAUCCAAAAGUCUGGAAGCACGGAGAUCUUUUCUACCUGGUAUUGGGCAAUUCUUUCGAUGAUAAUACUCGUGGACGAGUACUGCUAUAUUCAUCGCCAGAUUUAAUAUCCUGGACCAUGGAAUCAGUUUUAGAUGAGUCUGACGGCUCUCUCGGUAAUGUUUGGGAGUGCCCUGAUUUCUUCGAGUUGGACGGAAAAUACGUACUGCUGUUUUCUCCACAAGGUAUGCAACCCAUUGGUGAUAAAUACAAGAACCUUUUCCAAACUGGAUACUUGGUGGGCAACUUUGAUUAUGAAACGAAAUUGUUUACUCCUAUAACCGAAUUUAGGGAAUUGGACCACGGACAUGAUUUUUACGCUACCCAAACUUUAUUAGACCAUUCAGGACGUAGGAUUGUUGUGGCUUGGUUUGACAUGUGGGAGUCGGUACACCCUGAGCGCAAGGACGGUUGGAGUGGUCAAAUUACUAUUCCGAGAGAGCUUGAACUCACAGAAGGUUUAAGACUCCUACAAAAACCUGUUAAGGAGAUUGCUGCUGCACGAGGUGCGAAAUUACGCUCUGGAAAGGCUCGAGCCCGCUAUACCCUUAGUUUAGAAGCCGCGGCCGCUGACGUUACAGUAACGGCACCAAGACUACAGGAUUUUGAACUGCUUUUGGAAUCUAAAGAUUCUACUCUUUCAAUCAAAUAUGACUACAAGAAAGGUACAGUCACACUGGAUCGUGGAGGUGACGAUGGCGUUCGCAGAACAAAGUGGAGGCCUGAAGGUAAUCUUGUCUGGCAGGUUUUGAUAGACUCGAGCUCCGUUGAACUGUUCUGUGGAGAAGGUGAAGUCACUUUCUCCAGUAGAUUCUUCCCUAACGGUGGAUUGAAAAUCAGGAUAGGUGACGGUUCCCAUGCUGAUGAUCUAACAGUUUAUGAAAUGAUUCGCACGAUUCAAGCACCUGUUGACAAUUGAAUUGCAAUUUAAUUGAAAAAACAUUUUAAAGACUAUUGCAGUAUUGUUCAUUGUUGUGAAAUUGCUAAAUUAUGUUUUUUUUUGUGACACUAUUAUUACGUGUAUUAAGAACGUGUUGGCAUUUGUUGCUAUAUUUUUAUUCUGUUCGUUUAC